UCAAAAUGUAACUAUAUUCAAAGCGAUCAUGUAGUGAAAUAUUUAAUAAUAAUUACAUAAAUAAUUAAUUAUAUGCAAUUAUAAUAAUAAUAAUAAAGAUAUAAGGUGAUAUACCCUACGUGAUUAAAUAAAUAAAAAGAACCGCGUAAUGAGGUCUUCAUAAAACGUAAACAUAACCUCAAAAAUAAAAUUGGUUAUAAUUUAAUUUGUGACUCGUUUUACGUCACAUCUAAGAGAAAAUAGCGAAAUGUGGGAAUGUAACAGUGAUAUUUCAACCUCUGAAGAUCCCCUUGAACUAGAAAGCGUCGCCGAUUUAACUUCAACGAAUUCUUUAAUCCCAAAAGGGUCUAAAUCAAAUUAUGAAAGGGUUUAUCGCCAAUUUAAAGCUUGGUUUAAUCAGAAAAACGCAAAAUUUAUAUCAGAAGAUGUCUUAUUAGGUUAUUUAAUGGAAAAAUCAAAAACCGUAAAAAGUACCAGCUUAUGGACUAUAUACUCAAUACUAAAAAGAAUGCUAAUGAUAAAAGAAGAGCUUGAUGUAACUAAAUAUUUUAGAGUGGGCCAAUUUUUAAGGAAAAUGUUAAAAAAUAAAAAAUCUAAUAGAUCGAAUAUAUUUACUCAAGAACAAAUUAACAUGUUUUUGGAAGAUGCACAAGAUGAAAAAUAUUUAUUAUUUAAAGUUAUUUUAAUUAUUGGGGUUUCUGGAGGAUUAAAACGGCACGAAUUAACCAAUAUGACUCUCUGUGAUGUUGAGGAUCGUCCCGAUGAGUUAUUUGUAAACAUUUUUGACCCAAAAACGGAGGAAAAAAAGUCAUUUACGAUUACAAACCCGGAUUAUUUAAGAAUUUAUCGCAAAUAUAUUAAUCUUCGUCCUAAACAUGUCAAAAAUUCUCGAUUAUUUUUGAAAUAUCAACCGGGGAAGUGUUACUGCCAAGCUGUUGGGUUAGAAACGAUGGGGAAAAUACCCAGUUUGAUUGCUACUUAUUUGAAGCUGCCCAAUAGUAAUGAGUAUUCAGGGUUUUGUUUUAAGAUGACAAAUACAGCUCUUAUUGUGAAAAGAUCUUAGUAGAUUUAAUUAAUUUUUAAUUUAAAUUAAGUUUCUUGAAGUAAAUCAAUUUAUUAUGUACAAAUUUAAUUUA